GGACUUUUAUUGUGAAAUGUAACGGUUGAACGUCCGGGUCUCUGGUUCACCAACAGUCACUGCCAUUAGCUUCGAGUUGUGAGGGAGAAAAAGGCCAGUCAAAAUGCAAACGUCUCUCGUGAACAUCGCUUUAUUUUCGUCUCUGCAGGUUUUAUUGUCUCUGACGUGUUUUCAAGAGGCUGUCGAAGCAGCCAGCGGGAGAGGGUUUGGAGAUAACAUCCACUGGAGGACGCUGGAUGAUGGCAAGAAGGAAGCUGAUGCCAGCGGGCUGCCAAUCAUGCUCAUCAUCCACAAGAGCUGGUGUGGAGCCUGCAAAGCACUGAAGCCCAAAUUUGCUGAGUCCAAGGAAAUCUCUGAACUUGCACACAACUUUGUUAUGAUCAACCUCGAGGAUGAGGAGGAGCCAAAGGAUGAAACCUUAAGCCCCGAUGGUGGAUACAUUCCUCGAAUUCUUUUCCUUGAUCCCAGCGGCAAAGUCCACCCUGAAAUCACUAAUAAGAAUGGGAAUCCAAACUACAAGUACUUCUACAGCAGCGCAGAACAAGUCGUGUCCAGUAUGAAGGAGGCGCAGGAGAAGCUGACGGGUGACGCCUUCAAGCAGGGGCACACUGGAGAUGAGCUGUGAGGAGGCAGAAACGGGCAUCAGGCUGUAAGGGCUACACUUCCUCUACCUGAGCCUGUGCUUCAGAGCGCCCUUAGCAUCCCCAAACAACCCCCUUUCACUAUUUAUACUCACACUUUAGACAGUGGGGUCCAUCUCACUGACCAAACCAAGCCAACCAUUUAAAAAGGCGCCGGUGCUUGAGUAUUUCUUUUUGUCCUGUAAGGUUUUUCCAACACUACAACUAAUUUCCUGUUAUUGUCUUUGUUUUAAAACAUGUAUAUCUACUGUUAAUUAAAUGCCAUAUACUGUACUUACUGUCUGUAGAGGAUAUAACCAGCUCAAGCUAGCCCACUUAACUAUCAUUAACUCUCACUUAGAUACACUGUUGUUGGAUGGAAACUUUACAUCUGGAAAGUGCCAAGUUUUCACGACACUUGUCGCUAGACGACCAUGAAAUCAGUGUCCUUUUUUUGGUUUCACCAACACACUGUAGAGGACUGUGUAUUUAUUUUAACCAGUAGAGUUAUGUUUUCGCCCAACAGCAAUGAUAUAGUACUUCAUAUUAGUCAAGAUAAAUAUUUUAACACCUGCAGUGAUGUGCUUCCAAAGAUCCUCUACAGUAUGUUAAUUAUAUCUGUGACAAUAUUUACCAUGUACUACAACAUGGGCUCUGUACUUCUGAUUUCUAUUAUCCAUCGUCUUUAAAAUUAUGUUAAUUAUUCAUUUAAUCCUGCCAAAUUAUGUGUACUUAUUUAGCUAUAUCUACUUAAUUGUUUUUUCCUGUUCUGAGGUUUUUUUGCUGCUCGUGAAGUGACACCACUCAGUUCUUCUUUUUUUUUUUUUUUAAACGUUCUUGUUAAAUUGUUGAAUGAGGGAUGAAAACAUUGGUUUGGUGUCUUGAUGUAUUUUAUACAUGUACACAGCCAAGUGUGCAAAUACAUUUUGUUGUACUGA